CCGCGAGAGCCACACUGUUACACGUUGACAGGAAGUGCGAAAAAGGAGACGAGAUUGUAGGGAGUUUCGCACGAUCACUCAAGCAACGCGGCUGCAUCGACUUGCGGAGAUUAAUAUUGCCCUGGCGCGCCGUGACCGACGACGGCAUCCAGAAAAAGUGCCCUUGAACCGGGUUUGAGGUGUCAUAUCUCUGUCUGUCCAACUACCCGUACCUCGAACAAACAGCACCAGCAUCAACAUCAACACAUAGCCCUUCAACAUGGACGCGUCUUCGACAUCCCCCCUUUUGCGUCCGUCGUCUCCUGCCUCGAAUGUUUGUCCCUCGCCAGCCCUCUACCCCGGCGCGUGUCCCUCAUUAGACGCUCGCUCCGAACGCUCAGUCUCAACACCAUCGACGAUAUCUAGCAGAUCAGCGUCCUCAUCUUCAGCACACUCCGACUCAGGUCGCCGCAAGAAUGGAUACAUGCGACCACAAGGCACCGCCUUCAGCGACUCGGCAAGAAACCGCGACAGCGUCAUGAGCUUAGGAAGCAUCGCUCACAUGCAAUAUUACUUUGCACGCACUGGUCUUCUGGACGGCAAAGGCGGCCAGUAUGCGAAACCGAAAAAAGGCGUACGACAACUAGAUACCAAUGUCGCUAUCUACACGACAUCAGAAGAUGGCUUGGUCGAGAGCCCCAAAGACGACAGCGAGGAAUGGUCAGAGCCCAUCAUGCUACCACCCACUGUGUCAACAUACGCCUACAAGGAACCAAACGUACAACCACCACCAGAGCUUCCCAUGCUUCGUCGACAGCUUCGCGAAGCCCUAGACGAUGCUCAGAAAGUCCUCGAGGAAUCUGCCGAAGGCGUCUCGUACGACGACGCUACUCGAGAAGCCAUUGUAGAGUCUGUACGAGCACCCACAAACCCUGACGAGCCACCGAUCGCCCAGGGAUGGCACGAGAUUAUGGGUCUCCACCUCCUUGAUAUUAUCACCCUCGCCAUCCGUGCCGCCAAAACAUACUACACGUCACACCCUCAUCCACAACAACUCUACGCGAUUCAGUCGGAACGCAAGAUUCGCGGAGACUUGUACGAAGUCCUUGACGUUCUCAAACGCGCAGCCGCAAGAGAGUUCCGUGGAGGCGUCAAAGAUGAGGAAAGAGCUGGGAUAAAAUCUUGGAUCGAUAGCAUCAAUGACCUGAUGUCACAAGAGCAGUCGCGAGAACAAGAAGAACAAGCUUCACGAGAUAGCUGUGCCUGGCGUCAAGGAGACUGGACUGGUCGAGAGCGCGAGAGAGAAUGGCUGUUCAUGUGCUCUUUCGACACCAACUCAGAUGCUCUUCCUGCGUGGACCGAAUCGACUCCUGAAGGGCCAUCUCCGUUCCUGCAAGCUCUGCAGAGUGGUCUGCGUCUGGUACAGCUUCACAACGAGAUGGUCCGUCGUUCCGAACGUCCCUUCGGUGAGAUCAAGACUUUCUUCACAGAUGUAGCGAAGCCAUAUCGAUGUGCUGAGAACUUGCGCUUCUGGUCGAAAGCCGCAGAGCUUCGAUGGGAGACCCUCCUGUCUUUUAAUGUGCUUCACGUCGUACACGGCAAGGAUGAAGACGCUUGGAAACAGUUCGAUGAGACCAUUUUCAAGUGGUGUCAGGGAGUACGAGAGGAGAUCUCCAAGGAGUGGGCGGAGGCCGAAAGAUCUGCGUAACAAGGAACCUGACCUUGGUUUGCGAGGUUUUCGACAACAGCGCGGUAAGCACCUUGCUGGGUGCCAUCAUUUUUUCUUUUCUUUUGUCCUGAGUUUCUGCUUCAAAGUCACUUAAUGCCUCCAGCGCAACACUAGAUACCCCAGAGGCUGGCUGUUUUGAUUUUCGUUUUUUAUUCUCUCCUUUUGUUUUGCAUCACUUCUUCAGAUCAAAUUGGACAAAAGAUUUGAAUCUUCAAAAUCGAACCAUCGCUCACUCAC